AAAGAGUUAAAUAGGCCUCUCCAAAAGUGUGUCUGUAACAUUACCAAAACGAAACCUUCCUUGUGGAUUCCCACUUCUUUCUUCUGUGUUUUUCUUCUUCCUUUAUAUUUAAAUGUUUUGGGCACAAACAGCGAAAGAGAGAGACGUAAAAAAUUGAGAGUUUGUCAUUGAUUUGGUUUGCAAUGGAAAGAGAUUUUCUGGGUUUGAGCGACAAGCAGUAUCUAAGUAAUAACGUUAAGCAUGAGGUUAACAUCGAUGAUGGUGUCGGAGAACGAGGGUUGAGUACGAAGGCAGCUAGACAAUUGGGGAAGGCAAAGGUUUUUGCUACUUCAACUUUCAUGCCUGCUUCAGAUUUCCAGGAGGCUAAGGCGUUUCCGGGUGCAUACCAGUGGGGAUCAGUUUCUGCGGCCACCGUUUUCCGCAGAGGCCAAUUCAGCGGUGCGUUUCAGAACGCAUCGCCGCUUUUACUAGGAGGAUCAGUUCCUUUACCAACUCAUCCUUCUCUUGUUCCACGAGUGGCUUCCUCAGGAUCAUCUCCUCAGCUCACAAUCUUUUAUGGCGGAACUGUUAGCGUCUUUAAUGACAUAUCUCCCGAUAAGGCUCAAGACAUCAUGUUAUGCGCGGGGAACGGUUUGAAAGGUGAAACUGGAGAGAGUAGUUUGAAGAAACAACAACCGAUUCUCGAAGUUGAAAGAGUGUAUGGAAAACAAAUCCAUAACACUUCUGCUGCUGCCUCAUCAAGCUCUGCCAUUCACACUGAUACUUACUCAAGAUGUAGGGACAACCCCAUUGCUACGACUAAUGCAAUGAGCAUGAUCGAAUCAUUCAAUGCAGUUCCUGGUAACAUGAUUCCUUCAGUUCCUCAAGCUCGGAAAGCAUCCUUAGCUCGGUUCUUGGAGAAGCGCAAAGAGAGGCUUAUGAGUGCAAUGCCUUACAAGAAGAUGCUUCUUGAUUUGUCCACCGGAGAAUCUAGUGGAAUGAGUUACUCUUCUACUUCUCCUACCUAGAACCUACACUUAUUAUUCUUAAGGUUUUUUUUUUACAAUGGUAAUUUGUAAUUUUAAUCAUUAGAUUAUGAUUAUAUAGUUACCAUUUAUAUUCUUACGAGCAGGAGAAGGCGUUAGGGCGUCUCUGUAUUUGAUCAUUGUUUGUAAUGCUUUGGUUUAUUAUUGUAGGAUUACUUUAUAACCUUGAGAACUAACAGAUAUCUGUUUGUCAUGUAUGUCGACUGUCGAGAAUUUAAGAUCGAAUAAAAUUCACUAUUGCUAUUAUUA